AUGGCACAUUCAAUGCCCACCAAGGUUAUUUCGAUUCAUUCAAAUGUUGGAAUGACUUUAACUGUAAUUGGUCAAACCCUUGAUAUUCGUGUUCCUCGACUUGAUCUUAUUGCUGCCGGUUCAGGCAUAACACCAACGUAUCAAAUAUUGAAUGAAAUACUCAAAGAACAAACAUCCAUUGUCCCCUCCAAUGGACAUGUUGGUAUUAAAAUUUGGCUUCUAUUUGCUAAUCAAACAGAGCGAGACAUUUUAUUACGUGAUGAAGUUGAACAGUUGGCUGCAUCGAAUGCCGAUCGUUUUGCAUGA